CUCCCAGUGGGCUCGCACAUGGCACGCGCCUCUGUGAAAAGCCGCGCGCCGCUCUGGAUCAGCUCACUUGUGCCGGGAGAGCCUCAGCGGGAGGAGCGGCGUGAGUCUCCGGCUGCUGCUGCUGCUGCUGCAGGCGCUCCAAAGCUCCGCCGCCUCCCCCUUCCAGCCCCGAGUCCGAUGCAGCCUCAGUGUUGUCCAGCGGGUACGCGCCGAGGAGGCAUGCCAAGGAGCGGGGCGGCGGCAGCGGCACUGCCCUCUGCCUGCAUCCCUCACCCUUACUGCUGCGCGGGCAGAGGGGGCGAGAAACCAAGCACCAGAAGCUGCGUCUGCUUUUAAGAGGCGUUUCCCCCUUUUCCCCGCGGGAUCCUGCUCCCCAGCCUCCCGCCCUCCCCGUCCCAUCCACUAUGGUGCUUCAGCUUGGGACUUUGCACCCCUGUUCCUGUGCAUGGCUCCAUUGCGUGCCGGAGGAGAACUCGGUACCGUCAGAGCCCUAAUUAGGAAGGAUGGCUUCGGGGGAUGAGCACAGCCUCAGGAGCGGCGAGGAGAGCCAGCUGCAGCUGACUUGCUGAGGAGGGUGUGAUCCCCAGGCUGGCUGUGGGGGUCCCCCAGACUUCAGCCCACCUCCCCCGCUCUGUCAGGAUCUGCGGUCCGGGUCCGGAAGAUCCCCGCCUUGUAUCAGCGUAGUAGCAGCAGCAGCACAUCGCGGCCAACUUGCUGGGAGAGAGCAGCCCGUGGACUGGGUUUCGGGGCUCCCCCCUCUCUGUGAGGCGCUGCUGUCCGGGCUGAGGAGCCCCUCCUCCCACUCCCUGAACCCAGCGGCAGCAGAGCCAGGGGCUGACUUGUUGGGGAGCGGGCAGAGCCCGGGCUGGCUUUGGGGUCCCCUCGUCUGCUGCCGGGGCGGCCGCGGGCAGGGAGGUUGGACUUGGGCUGCCACCAUGUCUAAGGCGGCGGACAGCGGCGGGGCGGUCCCAGCCGAGGACCUGUCCAAGGUGUCCGACGAGGAGCUGCUGAAGUGGAGCAAGGAGGAGCUGAUCCGCAGCCUGCGCAGGGCCGAGGCGGAGAAGAUGAGCGCGAUGCUGGACCACAGCAACCUCAUCCGGGAGGUGAACCGCCGCCUGCAGCUCCACCUCGGCGAGAUCCGCGGCCUCAAGGAUAUCAAUCAGAAGUUGCAAGAAGAUAACCAAGAACUGAGAGACCUUUGCUGUUUUCUGGAUGAUGAUAGGCAGAAAGGCAAGAAGGUAUCACGAGAGUGGCAGAGAUUGGGCAGGUACAGUGCUGGGGUUAUGCACAAAGAGGUUGCCUUAUAUUUACAGAAACUGAAAGAAUUGGAAGUGAGACAAGAAGAAGUGGUUAAAGAAAACAUGGAACUGAAAGAACUAUGUGUUUUGCUGGAUGAAGAGAAAAGUGGUGGAGCAGGCAGCAGGAGUUCCAUUGACAGCCAAAUCAGCCUCUGCCAGCUAAAUGCAACAAGUACUUACAUACGAGAUGUUGGUGAUGGGAGCAGCACCUCUAGCACUGGAAGUACGGACAGUCCAGACCAUCAUAAACACCAUCCAAAUACUAGUCCUGAACAUCUCCAAAAAAGUAGGGGUGAGGGAAGCCCGGAGCAUCAAAAACAUAGGAGUGUUAGCCCAGAGCAUCUCCAAAAACCUAAGAGUUCUGGAAGUCCCGACCACCAGAAGCAUCUAAAAGGACCAAGUCCAGAACAUCAUAAAAAUGUUGGCAAAGGUAGUCCUGAACAGCAAAAGCACACCAGUAGUAGUCCAGAAACUCUUCCAAAGCACAUUUUAAGUAGUAGCCCUGAACAUUUUCAAAAACAUAGACCUAGUAGUAGCCCAGAGCAUCAAAAGCACAGCAGUGGCAGCCCCGAGCAUCUUCAAAAACACACAUUGAGUGGAAGCACAGAACAUCUCCAGAAAGUGAGGGGGACAAGCCCUGAGCAUCUCAAACAACAUUAUGGGGGGAGUCCGGAGCAUCUCAAACAUCUCAGUGGAGGCAGCAGAGAAGGUACCCUAAGAAGACAAGUAGCAGAUGAUAUGUUACCUCAUCACAGGAGUGUAUACAAUGGAAUGAAUGAUCUCGAACCACCAAGACCAAAGGCUCUGCAGUCUUAACUAAACAGCAGAAGACACCAGAAUCAGUGUCUCCUCCAGGUACAGGUGCUUAGUAUUCUUUGAUUUAUUCCUUGUUGGAACUUGAUUAAGAAAUGAGGCCUGAUACACUCUGCAAUCAAUAUGCGGAAUGCUACAUUUCAUCUAGUUGCUACUACAGAGCAGGUGUAUAGUUUGGAGAGCUACGUAGACAAAGAGCAUCUUGGAUAUAUUCAACCAAACUCUGUUAGCUUUUGGGUAUCUAGACUCAUAUCUCUUUUCACUUCCAUAUCAAGGUACUAACAUGGAAAAUGAGGAGAACUCAUCUUUUAGAACCUACUGAAAAAUUGUACUCAAGCUAGUAAAGAUGAAUCAGUGGAUUAACUGAGAGCACGAAAAUGACUGAUCAGACUAUUUUGGAAUCACGGCUCUCAGAGUUAUAUCACCUCAAGACACCCAGUCAUCCUGGUUUUGUUGAGAAUUAGUUGGAUAGUGCCAAGUCAAUGUAUUGAUCACAGUCCUGCUGUUACAUCCAGGGUUACAGACCCAAGGGACAGAGAAAAGAUACUUGUGGAAGUCUAACAGCAAAAAGAGAUUCUGGAUAAAGGGAGCUGUGUUAUCCUCUUUCUUGACAUUUCUGCAACAAUUCAGAUUAAACAGAGGGUUUUUUUAAAUACACACAUAAACAUUUAUCAACAGCCACUUGGAAAUGCAUACUGUAGAUUGUGAAACUAGGAGUCUGUUUCCAGGACAACACAUUUUUAUUCUGGUACUCUGUCAUCUGAAGGUUUUUUAUUUUAAAGCCAGCAAACUCAGUUGCUGGAAGGAUUCUGAUAUCCAUUUGUACAAGAGGGUUGUUUGAGUGACUGAAUUAUAUUCCAAUGUGAAAUCACUAUUUUUUGCUUUGAGAACAAAAUAUUGGUUUGAAUGUACUAAUGUGCAAGAGCUCUAUGUUUUAUUAAUGUGGCAAAUCUCAGUUUUGUAUGUUUCUUGUUAUUAUGGUUACAUUUGGAAGAGAUGUUUGUCAGCAGAUUGCUGUUAGAUAUCAGUCUUAUCACUUCCUUGCUCUAAGAUUUCAAAUAUCUGCAUAAUGGAAAAAUAGAAUUAAAUAGGUGACAUUUGCCCCCAAAUUUAAUAUUUUUAAUAACAUACUUUUACAAACCCUCAAAUUAUUUAACAUUUCAGUGAAUUUACAUGAAAUUCCAUUUAAUCUCCCCUGUUCCCCAGAAAUUCUCUGCCUUCUUUGCAACCCCAAAAUACGUAGUACUAAUGAAUGAGAACAUGAAAUUGAAAUUGGCUGGAAAGAGACUACACUCCAGAGUGAAACUGAAUGUAUUUUCAUUGUCCUAAGUGAGAGAAAUAGGAAGAGUCAAAACAAACAGCACUAAUAGUGAGAAAUGUUGUGUCUCAGAGAAUGAGGAGCUCCCUAAAUCAAAACACUGACUCAUCCAGUAUUUCUUCUUUCCCUCUCAUGGCACUCUAACCAAUCUCCCCAUUACUGUCAUCAUAAUUGGGAGGGGCAUUCCUGAUGUGAAGCUGCUAGAUAGACAGACAGCAGACAGAUGACAUUCUCUUCGUUUGUCUCUUUUGAUCUCACAGUGCUUUUUGCACUGUGACAGGCUGGUAGAGGAAUGGAGAGAUAGCAUAAGUGAGGAGAGAGGCCGGUGGCACACAGGCUAGCCUCUUAGGGAGGGCAGCAGCAGGCCAAAAUCAGGAGAUGGUUUGAGUAAGUUGGAAACACAGGAGUUUGUGGCCAACUCUGGGAACUUUACAGGUGUAGACAGUUUUACCUGUGGUUAUCAAAGCUGCUUUUGUUAGUUACCUUCAGGAAAGGGCUUCCCAGGUUGGCCAGAGCAGAACAGAAACAUUUGGCCAUGACUCCUUUUAAGGUGGUUCCUCAGUUCAUGAUGAAGCUUCCCUUGCAGCAGGAUGUCUGGAUAUGUCCUGAGUAUCUGUUGUGCAAUUCCUCCAAUGUCAUUAUCAUAAGCUUGAUUCCCGUGCAUGACAAUGAAGCCAGGCAGUCAGAAGGCCUGAUUCUUAUUUAAAUUGUUCUGGCAGUGUAAAGGAGCUUCAGUGCAAAUGAGAAUAAGGCCCAGCGAGCCUGCUUUAAAGGAAGGGGUUAUGUGGGUUUGGUGAAUAAAAGGGUAUUUCUCCCAUCAACAUCACUGUCACAGUGGCAGCUAUUGGGCUCAAUUCACCCUCACUGGCAUAGGGAAAAGUUACAUGCGCCUGCCUGUGCCAGCAGGGACAGCUGUGCCCCAGAGGGUUUCACUUUGGAGGAUGAGCAUGCUACAGGUUUCCUCUGGAGGAAGGCAGUUUUAAAUUAAAUUGGGGGCAGGGGGCAGAGGAGCCCACUGGCAAAGGCUCCAGUGUGCUGGAUCAGUGCCCCAACCAUGAUCCGUGCUUCCCAUUUUGGGAACAUGCUAGCCAACUGCAGAACUCACUGUGGACUUUCAACCACCCUAGAUUAUUUUGCCUAACCAAGGGCUGAGUCUAGCUACUGGAUUAAUAGGAAUUCUACAGAGCUUCUGGGAGACUGCAGCUGCCUAGGUUAAUUUCAACUGGAUUGAGCAUUUAAUACUGUAAGUAGUAAUGCCAUCCAAUCCUGCAUUGUGAGCAGAAAUUCUGUUAAAAUAUUGGUGUGAUGGUCUGUCUGUUUCCUGUAGCAGAGAUUGCUGAGGGCAAUAUUGGUUUAUAUUACAGGUUUUGCCAUAGUUUGUGUUUUUGUGUGUUCAAUAAUAGAUGCAUGGAAGUAAAUUGUCCUUGAUAGCUAUUCCGAUAAUGCUUGGCAUUUUACUGUGUGCUGUUUUGCACAGACUUGUUAGGGCCUGCUCUUUCAAGGUGCUGUGUACUUCCUGGCACCUCCUUGAGUGCCUUAGCUCUCUGAGAGAUCAGGGCACUGCACACCAGUUAGGAAACAUUCCUUACCUGGUAGGAUGGGGCCAUUACAGCAGUUCAGCUCCUGUAUCUUCUGUUUGCUCAAUAAUCCUUGUUUUUGUAAAGCCAUCUUUUUUUAAAAGUAUUGUGCAGAAAAUUGAAAAAUAAAAGAUCAAGCAGCUACUGAAAUAAACACACAAUGUAGUAUCAUCCCCAGGGUAAUGUCUACAGUGUGUUUAAGCAAAACAGCUGGCAAAAGUAGGAACUGAAAAUCCCUAAUAUAUUGGUCAUCAGACUAAUCUCGUUAAUUAAUUUUCUGGCAAUCAGCAAUUGUAGUAAGUCCGCUCCCUUCAGCCCCAGGAUACAUCCCCUGACCUGAAAUUUGCUGCUCUAAUUCUAAUUGUAUAAACUGACUGCUGCAUUCCUCAGAGACCUGUUGAGCUGCUGACAGGCUCAAGUGAACACUGCGGUCUCCUGGAUGGAAACAGUUGCAGUGGCCUGGGUGAUUGGGGCACUGUAGCUUUGAUUGUUUUUUACACCUGUGGCUUGGAUGCUGUGACGAGCGAUCUGAAAAUCCUCUCCUCUUUUAUGCCUUUUAGUUGCAGGCCCCAGUCUGCAAAGAGUUGACAUAGGCAUAACCUGAGGGUGCAUAUGUGUUUCAGGACCCCCUCUGUACCUGAAUGAAAAAAGAUAUGAGUCCAUUACAGUGUCACCUGGGGAGCCUUGGCUUCUAAGCUCCAGCUCGAGAAACUCAUACUUUCAACUCUGAAGGUCCCUUGUUAAGUCCCCAAGAAGGUGGCCAUCAGACUGGUAUUGCACAACUUUAGUUUGUGAGUGUUGAUUUCAGUAGAACUGCUUGCAUGCAUAACAUUAUGUAUGUGCGUAAGUCUUUGUAGGGUUGAGGCCUUGAUGUUUCGAUAGAGCUGCUGGUGAACUGAUAAAUCGAAGCUAGCCAGCUUCUCAGAUCUAAUCCUUUUCAUCAGUUGAUUUCAAGCGCUUUACAAAGGAGUUCAGUAUCAUUAUCCCUGUUAUACAGAUGGGGAAUCUGAGAGGGGA